CCAAGUUCUCCACCCUUAUGAAAAUGAUAAGACCAAAGCUGCCACAACUCUGCAAACACCAUGCUAAUGAUUAACUAGAUAAUACUCUUUUUGGAGGAGGACUGAAUUGAAGUUAAUACUUCCUGAUCACUACACUCAUUACACUCAGUACAUUCUCUUGACUAAAAAGGUCAUUUUAUGGGGGAAAACAAAAUGGAGCCUUUGGGAGAAGACACCACACAGGUGGAAAGCAAACAACCAGAGGAAAAUGAAGGCGGGAUUCUGAGACGGCUGAGGGACAGGAGCCUCCUGAGGAAGAGGAGGGCGGAGGCGGAGGAAAAAGCAAUAUACCAGUGGGUUUAUGGGGUACAGAGCAAGAGGAAGAGGUCGGAGGGGAUGAGUGGGGCCGGCAGGAAAGGGAGGCCCAAAAAGAGCGAGGCCGGCGUCCAGCCCCAGCUUGCCCAGGAGGGGGCGCUGCAAGGAGGCAGCACAGUGGAGGAGCAGCUGCAGGGAGGCUCCCUGCCACAGCCGGAGGAGCAUCUCACUCAGGACCCCGCUAAAGAGGAGGAACCGGUUGCCUCCGACACCGGGAAACCCGAGGAGCCCGUGGAAGUGGAGAGCCUCCCUCCCCCGGCCCUGCCGCCCGCUCUGACCCAGACCCUAAUGCCUCCGCUCCCCCCGCCUGCUCCUCCCGCCCCCCCCGCUCCCGAACCCCAGCCCGAGAUCGUCCUGGCCCCCGUCCAGGAGCAGGCCCCGCUGGCAGAGACCAGCAGCAGCCUGCCUAAAGAAGAGGUCGCCAUCGAGGACUUGGGAGCUGACGAUGUGGAGGUUGAGCCGCCCCCUUCAGGAGAGCUGGUCAUGGAGCAAGGUAGAACAGACGGUGUCUGUAACACGACGUGUUCCUCUGCAGGUAGAGCGGAGGAGCCUGGCGAUAUUGUGACGGACAGUACGCGAGUGUUUUCCAUCUCCACCAUCGUCUCCCCACCUUCGCCCAGCUACCUCCCCGGACCCUCCCUGUGAAGGAGCCCCUGUCCGCCGUGGAACAAAGAAACCUUUCAGCCUGCCCCCGAGGCAGUGCACACAGCCACGCUGGCACACUCACGCUGGUAACCCAGCCUCUGAAUCGGGAAAUCAUUUCCUAGUUUUCAUAUUUUAAAAAUAUGUUUUAAAAAAAGAAAAAAAAAUGCUUUUCUUAAGACACAUGCAGUACAUUUGCUCACUGUUUCAAUCGUGAAAAAUGUAACCUUACAUUUAACGCAGGUCUGCUUUGCUGACCAAAAAUUGUCAUACAUUAUAUUGCAUUACAUUACAUUACAUUUUUUUUUUGCUAUUCAUUCAUUGGUCAUUCAGGAGAAUGUCUUAGUAUUGUACAUUUUUUGUUUGUUUUUAAAAAAAGCUAAAUGUAUCAAACAUAUGCCUAAUGUUUUUAUACGUUGCAUUAUGAUAGUAAAGGUCUAUAGCUUAUAGUUUGAGGAAGAUAACUUGUGUUAUUACCUCAUUUAAAUGGUUAGAAGCCAUUAUUUGUAGUUUGGACAUUGUAAUUAAAGGUGAUUGACUACAUACUUCUUAUAUUCGUGCAAGUCAAGCGUAGAACAUUGUCACUGUAGGACAUACAAAAUAGGCAAUGUUCUCCAAAAAUAUAUUUUUUGAUGGAAGAUUUUGUUGGAAAUGUUUUUGGGUAACAUGCAGUUAUUAAUUCUUCAUUAAAUGAGUAAGAUAUGCAGCUAUUCAACCAUCUUCCAUCUUUGUUAAUGUACGAGAUGUAAGAGUGUGAUGUCACCUACGUUGUGUACUCUAUCGCCCUCUUCUGUCCACAAAAAUAAACACACAGAUAUGAAGUGCUUCAUGGCUUACAUCCAGUCACCAACAAGCUUCUGACAAUGGGCUACCUACCUACCUAUCCAUAUCAGAGACUGUUUAUUUGUGUUUUACUUUGCUGACUGUCUAAAAAUGUUACUCAAAUAUCUUUGUAUUGAAUACUGAUAUAUGGAUAAAAGCAAAGAGAGAGAUAAUAUAUCAAUAAGAUCAAAGUCUUUAUUUGGGAAAUAAAUGUGUACAGCCUACAUUAGUAUUUUAUAAAAUAUUACUUAAAUAAACAUUAUAAAAAAAAAUA